CCAAUUUUCACUUUUUGCAUUCGAACAUAUCUUAUAUAUAACUAGAACUAAAUGUUCUUUUAACGAUCAACUAGAACCUACAGCUUGGAGCUCAUUCUUUUAUCAAAUGGAGUCGGGAAAAGCGCAGUUAUCAGUCAUCAAUGCAUGGAAGGAACAAAAGAUAACAAAGGUGACGAACAAGACUGAGAAGAAGCUCCUAGAGAUUUCAGCAUGGGAAAAAAAGCAAACAACCAAGAUCGAAUCUCAACUCGCUAAUACCCAGCGGAAGAUGGACAGUAAGAAAAAGGAGAAAGCAGAGAAACUGAGGAGCAAGAAAGCAGCAGUUCAUGCAAAAGCACAAGAGAAGAAGGCAUGGGUUCAAAUCCGACGCACUCAAGAGAUCCUCGAUGCAGAAGACGAAGCUGCUACGUUUCAAGCCACGGGACAGAUUCCCAACAAGUCAUCUUGCAGCUGCUUCUGAUAUCAUCAGCAGUAACCUGAGUUGCAGACUAUCACCUAUAACUAUCACCUAUAAUUGUAUCGUUUUACGUGUGUUUUCAUAUUUGCUUGUGUUGGUCAUGGAACAAAUCAUUGUUCAACUAUCA